AGAAAGGAGAGAAGAGAGAAGAGAGACUAAAAUGAAAGGAAGACAGGAAGAUAAGAAAACGAAUUGGGAUGAUAAGAGUACAUGCGUAAAAGAAAAGGAGGGAAUUGACCAUAAGAGUCGCUGGAUGGACAUCGUAUUUAAAUAGAAAGGAUUCUAAGCUCAAUGUUACGCUUCAUCAUAAGAUCUUCGAUUGAUCAAGUUGAUUUAUUUACUAAAGUUUCAUCAUCCUCAUCCUCAUUCUCACCUUAACCUUCACCUUUAUUUUCAUUUUCAUUUUCAUCUUCACCUUCAUCUGAUCUUCUCUAUUCAAUCAUGUCUCAUCCCAAUAUUUUCCAUAAAAAGUUCAAUGCGAUUCCUUUUAUCCCUCAUUUAGCUAAGAAUGUGAAUCAUCAGCAUCACCAUCAAGUGAUAACUUGUGAGAUUCCAUUGGAUUUAACAUCUACUAAUUCACCAUUUACUAAUUCAUCGCCAUCAUCAACUCCACAAUCAGGCACUUCUUUCUCAUCUCCAUCAAAUUCAUCUCGAGAACCACCGACUCCCAGUCCACCGACUGAAGAAAUGGAGAUUUCUUCUGAUCCAAUUGCUCCAAUUGCUCCAUUCCAACCAAGCCAAUCGAAUGGUCGUUCCAAGGGUCGAUCUCGAUCUCGAAUCAGUUCCCAGUCCAAGACUCAAUCUCAAUCUCAAGAGUGUAAAUUUAAUGUUCAACAAGGAGAAUCAUCAUCUUCAUCCUCUUCAUCUUCAUCAUCAUCUAAUACUAAUACUCCAGACGGAAUACAACAACCAACAACACCAACAAAAGAAGGAGAAACAUCCCAAGAACAAGAUCAAUCAACAAACGAAGCGACUCAAUCGAAUGGCCGUAAAAAGAAAGGUGAACCAACACCGGCUCAUCUGAAGGACGAAAACUAUUGGAAAAGACGAGAAAAGAAUAACGAAUCGGCGAAAAAGUCUCGCGACAAAUUGAAAAAGAAACAAUUGGAAAACGAAAAGUUAAUCGGAAAACUGACCAAAGAAUUGGAAGCUCUUCAUGUGCAAAAUGCUGCGUUGACCCUCGAGAUUAAACACUUGGUCCAUUUGCUUUCGGAUCGAGAUCCUGAGCGAUACAAUUUAUAUCAAGCGAUGGAUUGUACAUUCGGUGGGAAUUUGAAUUUAUCGAAAACAAAGUGAUCGACUUUCUUUCUCUUUAUGGAAAAGAUGAUUAGAGAUAAUCAAUAGAAUAAUAUUUUCGAAUUAAUCGAGAUUAUUAAUUAUCAUCUAAUUGAAUAAAAAGAUUUUCAGCAAUAAAAAAGGAGAUUAAUUAAGAUCAUUAAGCUGAUCACUUUGAACUUAAUUCUUCUUGAAUUUAAACUUUUUGUCUCUGGCUUGUAACAAUAAACAUCUUAAGUGACCAUUUGGAGGAUUUAUUAAUAAUUUGUAUCGAAGUUUAAUCAAACAAACGGAAAAAGAAUUGAUGUAAAUUUGUCCAGUUCCAAUGGUCAGUUAAUCUAUUUUUGUAAAUCAAUCAAAACGAAUACAUGAAAUUGCAUAUGUUCAUUCCGAUGUCGAUGUCGAUGGUGGUGGUGAUGAUGGUGAUCGCCAUUGGUCAUUUUCUUUACAAAAUUAUAAUAUUUUCUGUAUUAGUCAAACAAUUGAACAAUAAAUCAUAUCAAUAACUAAAA